AUGAAGCCAUUCUCCCACACUGCCAUGAGGGGCCGGGGAAUUCUGUCGGUGGCCACCCGACACUACACCUCGACCUCCCGGCUGCUUCAACCCACCGCCCUUCACCGUGCCGAAGUCGCCGCCGAUCUCAAAGCUCAUCCCGAAAGCCAGCUCACCCAGGAGAAGCUUCCGGACAAAAAGCAUAGUCAUCACUGGGAAGAAGCGAAUGCUACGGAGAGUGAAGCCGAUAUCAAAGCAGAUCUCGAGGCACAGGCCGAGAAGCAGAAACAAGAGACCCAAAACCAAAAGGGAAGCGGUCAGUGA